GAUACUGCAGGGGGCCAAGGACAAAAAAAUGAGUGGGCCACUCGUCUCCGGGCCCUGCUCAGGUCCGGAAGAGGUUUCUGAGCUGAAGUCUCCGCUGAGCUCUAGGUUCAGGGAACCUCUCACCCACGCUCGCUUCCAGGAGCUUUUCGGGGGCGCAGAGGAGCCGGAGCUACCCGCGGCGGCGGAGCCCUGCCUACCCUGGCUGUGCAGGCUGCGGAGGAGGCGAGCCUGCGGCUUCUGCUCUGGGCCGGGGGCGUGGCGCGUGCUGCUGGCACGGGUCCCCCCGCUGCGCUGGGUACCCCACUACCGCUGGCGAGCCUGGCUGCUAGGGGAUGCUGUGGCCGGAGUGACCGUGGGCGUCGUGCACGUGCCCCAGGGCAUGGCCUUUGCCCUCCUGACCUCGGUGCCCCCGGUCUUCGGACUCUACACUUCUUUCUUUCCGGUUCUCAUCUACAGUCUGCUGGGCACCGGGAGACACCUGUCCACUGUGUGUGUGUGUGUGUGUGUGUGUGUGUGUGUGUGUGUGUUAGGAACAGGCCUCGGCGGCAGGUCCCGAGCUGCAGAUGUCCACCCCCCUCCACCUUCUCUGCAGCUGGCGAUGUUCGCGCUGCAGCUCGGUGUCCUGUCCACCUUUCUCUCCGAGCCUGUGGUCAAGGCGCUGACCAGCGGGGCCGCGCUGCACGUGCUCGUGUCGCAGCUGCCCAGCCUCCUGGGAUUGUCUCUCCCACGCCAGAUCGGCUGCUUUUCUCUCUUCAAGACGCUGGCCGCGGUGCUCACGGCCCUGGCCCGGAGCAGUCCUGCGGAACUGACCAUCUCCGCGCUCAGCCUGGCGUUGCUAGUGCCGGUCAAGGAGCUGAACGUGCGGUUCCGGGACAGGUUACCCACUCCGAUCCCAGGAGAAGUAGUCAUGGUGCUUCUGGCCACUGUGCUGUGCUUUGCCUCGUCCCUGGACACAAGAUACAAUGUCCAGGUGGUGGGACUAUUGCCUGGAGGAUUUCCCCAGCCCCUCUUCCCCGCCCUGGAUGAGCUGCCCAGGAUACUGGCCGACGCGCUGCCCAUCGCGUUGGUUACUUUCGCCGUGUCCACCUCCCUGGCCUCCAUCUACGCAGACAAGUAUAGCUACACGAUUGACCCCAACCAGGAACUCCUGGCCCACGGUGUCUCCAACCUUGUGUCUUCUCUCUUCUCUUGUUUCCCCAACUCGGCCACACUGGCUACAACCAGCUUAUUGGUGGACGCUGGUGGGAACACACAGCUGGCCGGCCUCUUCUCCUGCACAGUGGUUCUCUCGGUGCUCCUGUGGCUGGGGCCUUUCUUCUACUACCUGCCCAAGGCUGUCCUGGCGUGCAUCAACAUCUCCAGCAUGCGCCAGAUGUUCUUCCAGAUGCAGGAACUGCCGCAGCUAUGGCACAUCAGCCGCGUGGACUUUGCUGUGUGGAUGGUCACCUGGGUGGCAGUAGUGACCCUGAAUGUGGACCUGGGCCUGGCUGUGGGUGUGGUCGUCUCUAUGAUGACAGUGGUCUGCCGAACUCAGAGGGUGCAGUGCCUGGCGCUUGGAUUGGCUGAGGGGACUGAGCUCUACAGGCCGCUCAGGGAGAGCCACAAGCUCCUCCAGGUUCCGGGCCUCUGUAUCCUGAGCUAUCCCACCCCGCUCUACUUUGCGACCCGUGGGCAGUUCCGCCGCACCGUGGAGUGGCAUCUGGGGUUCGGAGAAAGAAGCAAGCAGUCUCCAAAGCUGGGUGGUCUGCCUGACCCAGGUGCCGAGCCCAUCAGGGUGGUGAUCCUAGACCUCAGCGGCAUCAGCUUUGCAGAUGCUGCGGGGGCCAGGGAAGUGGUACAGCUCGCCAGGCGAUGCCAGGAUGCCGGGAUCUGUCUCCUCCUGGCUCAGUGUAAUGCCCUGGUGCUGGAGACCUUGACCCGGGCUGGACUCCUGGAUAGAAUGACUCCGGAACGACUCUUUGUGAGUGUCCAGGACGCAGCCGCGUAUGCGCUGGAGAGACUGAAGCCCACUGGCCCGAAGAUCUGCACAGUAUGGGUCUGACCGAUGUCACCCGGAGUGUGAGAGGCCCCGACAGUAUGUGUGUGAGGAAGGCCACGGCCCUUGAGCCCCCCGCCAAAAUGCAACCAAUAAAAUGAAGCUGAGACUCUCUGCGGCCCCUGAAA